GGGAACGCGUGUCCGAGUUCCGCCGGGCCCUGCUGCACUACCUGGACUUCGGCCAGAAGCAGGCAUUUGGGCGGCUGGCCAAGCUGCAGCGGGAGCGGGCCGCCCUGCCCAUCGCCCAGUACGCGAACCCCAUCCUGCAGAUGCUGAAGCAGCACCAGGUGGUGUUGGUGGCUGGGGACACGGGUUGUGGCAAGUCCACCCAGGUCCCCCAGUACUUGCUGGCUGCUGGCUUCCGCCACGUGGCCUGCACCCAGCCCCGGCGAAUUGCCUGUGUCUCGCUGGCCAAGCGCGUUGGCUUCGAGAGCCUCAGUCAGUAUGGAUCCCAGGUCGGCUACCAGAUCCGCUUUGAAAGCUCGUGCUCGGCGGCCACCAGGAUCGUGUUCCUGACUGUGGGGCUGCUCCUGCGGCAGAUCCAGCGGGAGCCCAGCCUGCCCCAGUACAGUGUCCUGAUCGUGGACGAGGUGCACGAGCGGCAGCUGCACAACGACUUCCUCCUGGGCGUCCUGCGGCGCCUGCUGCCCACGCGGCCUGACCUCAAGGUCAUCCUCAUGUCGGCCACCAUCAACAUCGCGCUGUUUUCCAGCUACUUCGGCCAUGCGCCGGUGCUGCAGGUGCCCGGGCGUCUCUUCCCCAUCACGGUCAUUUACCAGCCACAGGAGGCCGAGCAGACAGCCUCCAAGUCCGAGAAGCUGGACCCGCGGCCUUUCCUGAGGGUGCUGGAGGCCAUCGACAAUAAGUACCCACCCGAGGAGCGUGGGGACCUCCUGGUCUUCCUCAGCGGCAUGGCGGAGAUCAGCGCCGUGCUGGAGGCCGCCCAGCCCUAUGCCAGCCACACGCAGCGCUGGGUGGUGCUGCCGCUGCACAGCGCUCUCUCCAUGGCCGAGCAGGACAAGGUGUUCGACGUGGCACCCCCCGGAGUCCGGAAGUGUAUCCUCUCCACCAACAUCGCAGAGACCUCGGUCACCAUUGAUGGGAUCCGCUUUGUUGUGGACUCCGGGAAGGUGAAGGAGAUGAGCUACGACCCGCAGGCCAAGCUGCAGCGGCUGCAGGAGUUCUGGAUCAGCCGGGCCAGCGCCGAGCAGCGCAAGGGCCGGAUGAAGAGCAUGAGUGUGGGGGACCCGCGUACCUUCCCCUUCAUCGAGCCGCCGCCCCCAGCCAGCCUGGAGACCGCCAUCCUGUACCUUCGGGACCAGGGUGCGCUGGACGCCUCCGAGACCCUCACACCCAUCGGCUGCCUGCUGGCCCAGCUGCCUGUGGAUGUGGUGAUCGGGAAGAUGCUGAUCCUGGGCUCCACGUUCGGCCUGGUGGAGCCUGUGCUCACCAUCGCUGCUGCCCUCAGCGUGCAGUCACCUUUCCCGCGCAGCGCCCAGAGCAGCCCGGAGUGCACGGCGGCACGGCGGCCCCUGGAGAGUGACCAGGGCGACCCCUUCACACUCUUCAACGUCUUCAACGCCUGGGUACAGCCUGGGCAUCGGCGGGAUGGCCUGGCCACGGUGGCCGUGCUGCCCGUGGUGCCUGCAGUGCCCGCUGCCCUGCCCCAGGUGAAGGCCGAGCGCAGCAGGAACUCGCGCAGGUGGUGCCGCCGCCGGGGUGUGGAGGAGCACCGGCUGUACGAGAUGGCCAACCUGCGACGCCAGUUCAAGUUUCCGACAGACUCGGGGACUGUGGAUGUCCUGGCUGUGAUGGCGCCGUCUCGGUGUCCACAGCUAGAGCCGCGCUUCAGCCCGGGCUGGGCCCAGGCGCUUUGA